ACUACAGAGAAAGUUUUCAUCUUGUUUUUCAGGAUUGGUGGAUAAGUUGUAGAUAAGAAAGCAGCAGCAUGCCUCUCUAAAACCAUGUGUCCAUGUAUAAAAAGAAAAUCACAGAGAGUAGGGGGUCAGCUGACCAUAUCAAAGUGAACUGAAUGCUUAGUUUUUAUAUGAUCAGUAUUCUUGAGCAGUUAAUACACCUUUAUAAAAAUGUUAAUAGCUUUAAGUGGUCCUUAAGAUAGUCUUCUGGUAAAGAAUUUUAUGAUAUAUCCUGGCUAGACUUUCAUAAUAUGACAGGUAUGUGUUAAAUCAAUACUGGAACCCGUAUCUUCUCACCUUUGAGUAGUAAAUCUGUUUGUGUCUUGACCACUCAUUUAAAGGAGGUACAUUGUACUUCAUCUCUGGCAACACUUUCUUUCCACAGGCCAUGAAAAUCCCAACACCUUCUAGAGCCACAAAAGCACCGUGGGAAUUUGACUUUUGUAUUUAUAAUGGCAUCAUAGACAAGACAUCCCCAGACUUUUUAGCAUUCAAGCAACAUUUUCAUUUAGCUUGGGGAAGUAUUUUUUCUCUCUUGGAACACAUUGAGAAGUUUCUCAAGGACUAUGCAAUACCAGAAGUCAAAAUAAAAGGGAACAGUUUGGUAACCCUCCUUCCAGAGUUUGAGCUGAAGAAUAGACUUACCAGAUAUGACCUUCUCUCAGUGAUAGAAGACCCAGUUCACAUCCAGAUGAUGUUAAAUGUUCCAGGUCAGAGGUAUAAGGGCCAAGAUGGAAAGUUAGAAGCCGUCAUCAAGAUCCAAGCCACAUGGAAGUGCUACAGAGCAAGACAGUUCUUCCUCGCUUACCGGAAGCAGAAGUGGGCAUCAGGUGUGAUUGCCAUUGCUUGGCUUUUACACUGCCAUAAGACUCGACUGAGGAAGAUCCUGAUGGAAUCACGUCAAAGACACCUGGAGAAUUUCCGCAUUCGAGCCAAGCAUCUGGCAGCCAACUGGAAUCGCAUCAGGACCUCCAGGAGGACUAUUAUCCAUAUCCCAUCAUUAGGAUAUUCCCAGCCUGUGCGAAAGCAUAUUGCUGACAUGGACACACAGCAGAACAUGCAGCUGGGGAGGCUGUGUGACAUUUUCGAUGACAAUGUGAGCGUCAUCUACAUCUGCUCCCAUCACAUGGAUGACGAGUUACUGCUGUAUUACCAUAAAAUCCUGAGUCUACAGGCAGCUGUCAAAUCGGGGAACCCUGAGGCCAGAAGUGACCUGCAGGACAGGUUCAAAGUUAUCACCCCUGAAGCUGUAAACAUCUUCACUAUGAUAGAACAGCUGAGUCAGCUAAUCACUGAUCACCUGGAAAUCCAGCGCUGGAUCUUUAAAAUAAACGAUGAAUUUGGAGGAAACGGGACUGCAUUUUGUGACAUUUCCUCCCACCUAAAGUGCUACAAGUGGGCCCUAAAGGAGAACAGCAGAUAUAGUCAAGAAGAUUGGAGCAAGAAAUGGGCACAAGAGCCAGCUUUGGUGAAGAUCUCGGAGGAGCUGGCGGGCAUUUUAGCACAGCACGCACAGCCAGUCAAUGAGAAACGGUUCCCAACGUGGAGGAAAUUCCUCCAAACAUUUCUCAGUCAAGGGGGUGUGAUUGAAGCGUUCCCACCUGCAGGAAGUGUCACCAACCUGACGGUGGACAUGCUGAUAGAGCCCAACGGAGUAAUCAGGAUACUGUCAACAGGGGACCAGUUUCAUGCAGACGGCCCCUUGAUCUCCUCCGGCACCACCUUGCCUCAGACCUCAGUGGACCCCCAAGUUCUCCAUUCUAUGUGCCUCCAAAUUGGAAAUGCCUGUAAAAUGAGAGAUGUGGUUGGUUACUUCUCCAUAGACCUGGUGACUUUUAUCGAUCCAGUUACCAUGGAGCAGCAGGUGUGGGCAACAGACCUCGACCUCUCGUAUAGUGACCAGCUAGCCCUGACUCAGCUCACCUUAUACCUGACAAACGGCCAUCUGGAUUGCGGACUGAGCACCUUCGAAGUGCCCCGCUUUGUUCCCAAGAAAGAGAAAAUGAGCCGUCUUGAGAUCCUGGCAAUGCCGUCAUCAGCAACCAGUCGCUAUGCAGUAAUGACCACCCAGCUGAAGCACAACAACCUUUCCCUCGUUUUCCACUAUGUUCUUCUCCAGAUAUGUAAGGCCCAUGGCAUUGGCUAUGACAUUGAGGACAGACAAGGAACGGUUUUUAUAUUUUUUGAACACCUGAAGAGAGACAAGUUGGGAAUGUUAACAAUCGGGGAGGAUCUCCAGGGGGUCCUCGUGACCUUUGCUCGCAAUCUCUUCAUCAUCCAUCAAGAAAUAUCAUCACCUAAUAUGCAAGGCGAGACCAAUUUUAAGACCACGAUUGGAGAUGUUGAAACCAUUCUGGGAGUAACAGAGGAAAACAAAAUACGAUUUGAAGAAGAGCAGCAGUCUAAAGAUAAUAAAACCCUCCCUGAGCCUGAUAAGUGAUCCCGGGGUACGUUAUCAAUUUUGGAUCCUAGUCUGGAGCAAAAAAAAAGCAACAAUCUUUUUUGCUGUUGGGAAUAAAAAGCGGUAAGUUAGUUUGCUUUGUCUGCCAGGAGAUAAAUCAGAACUUGGUGAGAUUAUAAUGUAAUAAUUUUUUAAAAUUAUUUAUUAAGUGAUCUUGUUUUACUUAUUAAACCAAAUCCUAUUCGUGCAGUCA